AUGCCUGAACAUUUGGCCAUGGAUCACGAGGGGGCCCAGCAGCCCCCACAAGGUUUCUUUGACAGAUCCCACUCCGCUCCCAACUUGAGCUCUUUGGACGAGUACAAUGCCAUGUACAAGCAGUCCAUUGACGACCCGGCCACGUUUUUUGGCAACCAGGCCCGCGAUCUCUUGUCGUGGAGCACGCCUUUCAACGUCGCCCGCUACCCGGCGUCGCCCAAGGACGACUUUGCCAACGGCGACAUUCCAGCGUGGUUUCUCGGCGGCCAGUUGAAUGCGUGCUACAACGCAGUCGACCGCUGGGCCUUCGAGGACCCAAACAAGCCCGCCAUCAUCUACGAAGGUGACGAGCCCGGAACAGGCCGCAUCAUCUCCUACGGCGAGUUGUUGAAGGACGUGUGCAAGUUGGCCCAGGCGUUGGUCAAGGCCGGCGUGAAAAAGGGCGACACCGUUGCCGUGUACUUGCCCAUGAUUCCCGAGGCCAUUGUCACCUUGUUGGCCAUUGUGCGUAUCGGUGCCGUGCACUCGGUGGUGUUUGCUGGCUUUUCGCUGACCUCGUUGCGUGACCGUAUUGUGGACGCCGACUCGCGCAUCGUUAUCACCGCCGACGAGAGCAAGCGUGGUGGAAAGACCAUUGAAACAAAGAAAAUCGUUGACGAGGCCCUCAAGGACUUGCCCCAGGUGCGCAAUGUGUUUGUGUUCAAGCGUACGGGAAACAAACAUGUGCCCUUCUAUCCGGGCCGUGACUUGUGGUGGCACGAUGAGUUGGCCAAGCACGGCAACUACUCUCCCCCAGUCGCUGUCGACUCCGAGGACCCAUUGUUUUUGUUGUACACAUCCGGCUCCACAGGUAAACCAAAGGGUGUGCAGCACAAUGUCGCCGGUUAUUUGCUUGGUGCGUUACUCACAACCAAGUACACUUUCGACGUGCACCGUGAUGACAUCAUCUUCACUGCCGGUGAUAUUGGAUGGAUCACGGGCCACACAUACGUGGUCUACGGUCCUUUGCUCAACGGUGCCACCACAGUUGUAUUCGAAGGCACUCCAGCUUACCCAGACUACUCGCGGUACUGGCAGAUUGUUGACGAGUACAAGGUUAACCAGUUCUACGUGGCGCCAACCGCGUUGCGUUUGUUGAAGCGGGCUGGCCCCUCCUUCAUCGAAAAGUUCAAGUUGGACUCCUUGCGUGUGUUGGGUUCUGUCGGUGAACCUAUUGCAGGAGAGGUGUGGCACUGGUACAACGAGCACAUUGGCCGUGGCAAGGCUCAUAUUGUGGAUACCUACUGGCAAACCGAGUCUGGCUCUCACUUGUUGACCCCGUUGGCUGGUGUAACCCCUACCAAACCCGGUUCCGCGUCCUUACCAUUCUUUGGUAUUGACGCCCAUGUGUUGGAUCCUGUCACGGGUAAGCGCUUGACUGAGGAUGGCGUGGAAGGUGUUUUGGCCAUCAAGAACGCCUGGCCUUCGAUCGCACGUGGUAUUUUCAACGACUACAACCGGUUUAUCGACACUUACCUUGGCAACUACAAAGGCUACUAUUUCACGGGCGAUGGCGCAGCAAGAGACAAGGACGGCUUUUACUGGAUCUUGGGCCGUGUCGAUGAUGUGGUCAAUGUGUCUGGUCACAGAUUGUCUACUGCAGAGAUUGAGGCGGCGUUGAUCGAGCACGAAAUGGUUGGUGAAAGUGCUGUUGUUGGAUACGCAGACGACUUAACGGGCCAGGCUGUGGCUGCGUACGUGUCGUUGAAGUCUCAGUUCAAGUCUGAUGACAAGGACGCGAUCGACGCCAUCAAGAAGGAGUUGAUCUUGACUGUCAGAAAGGAAAUUGGACCUUUCGCUGCGCCAAAGUUGAUUUUGUUGGUGAACGACUUGCCAAAGACGAGAUCGGGCAAGAUCAUGAGAAGAAUCUUGCGUAAGGUUUUGGCCGGCGAGGAGGACCAGUUGGGUGACACCUCGACAUUGUCCGACCCUAGUGUUGUGCAACAGAUCAUCGACGUUGUCAAGGAAACAAGAAAGUGA